UUGUCGUCUUGGUGAUGUAUUAUAAACAAAGUCAUUAUACCGGCAAAAACGCAUGAAAAUACGGUGAAAACAAUAUUUUCUCAAGAUCAAUAAAUUAUGAGAAGUUCAUGUAAAAGACAAAUCAAAUACGCUUAGAAGUGUCUGUGUCACUGACGGAGUCGAAUGUACGCGUUCAAAGCAUCAUUAUAAUAAUAUGUAGAAACAUUUAAAAUUAUUUGGCAUGUCUAAAGACGUACUAAAUAAAUGCGGCACAGAUGAUCAAAAGUCCAAAACUUUGUCAAAUAACCGCAUACACAGUCAGGAUGAUAAAAAAUUAUUGUCAAAAAAAGGAUGGUUACAAAAAGAUUCUAAUUUCAAUAAAACUGAAACAGAUAAUAAUUGCAGUACAGAAGUGAUUUCUCGUUCUAUUAAUAAGCUUUUAAAAAAUGAAAAAAAAUCUAGACCCACAGCGAACCCGACUAAAGUAUGUUUAAAACCAGAAGUCUUACAUGAAUCUAAAGAACAGUUUGCGCAAAGAAUAAAACAGGCAUGGAUCGAUCGAGAACAGUCGAAAUCGUGUAUUAAUAUUUAUUUGGCUAGAAAUGUUAUCGAAGACCCUUUGAUGGAAUCUAUAGAGCAUGCACAGGAAUCAUCAAUACAAGUAGAGGAAAGAGACUCUUGUAGAACCGCAUUGGAGGUGCAACUCCAGAAUCAUGCGGGAGAAGGUGAAAAUUCACCAGAAGACUCUAGCGAGGAGGAAAAACCUCUUUCAGCUGCCGCAAGAAGAGUUAGGUUUUACAAGACUGCGAAACAGCAACAGAACGAAAGACAAACGUUGACCAGAGCAAUGUCAGCGCCUUCGUCGAGACAACAAAUCGUAAAUAAUUCUACUCAAGAUCUUUAUUCGACAAGUUCACGAAGAAAAUCACAAGAUGUUCAUAAAUUCCCGACCAGGAAAUUGAAAUCUUGUAGGAGUAAAGCUUUCCAUAAAAGCAUUGAUGUAGAUAGCCGUCUGUCAAAUGGUCAAAAGUUUGGUAAAAAGAAUCAAAAUGUUGAAGUAGUAACGAUGAUGUCACUUUUAAGCCCAGUUGGAAGCGAUGUAGAGGAAUCGCUAACACCCGAUGACGUAUCGACAAAAACCGUUACAUUUCCUCAGUUUAAUAGCAGUAUGCGUUAUCAUCAAAAAUCAUUUGAUAGCGCAAUGACAUCGAUUGGAAAACCAAAACUUCUGAACAAUCGUGUUGGAAAAUCAUUGAUUAAAUCAAGAACAAUAGAGAUAUCAAGGGAUGAUGAAGAUGAUGGGCCGGUUGUAAAUGAAGUCGUAAUCACCAAACUCGGCGACGAUGAUGACGGCAAUGAAACGCUGCAGAACAAAGAAAUCGCACAGAUCGACGUUCGCUAUGAUGUACUCGAUGGCCAACCGAUGCUCAAAUCCGACAAAGAGAAAGAAUGUUGGGCUCUUUUCAAGAAAAUGACGGCUAAAGGAGUGUCCGUCACUUUUGAUACCGUAUUGAGGUUCGGUUUGUGCCGAAUAUUAUUCGAAACUAUAAGUACAUUCAGCAUUGGCGCAACUAUAUAUGAGGAACGGAAAUAGGGAGUGUUCAAUAUUUAGCACUUUCAAACUUUCGGUAUCAUAUUUUUAAUCAAUCCAUAAAAAACAUAGCAGAAAUUUUAAUAUUGAGCUAGAAAAAAAUUGUUUAACUCACACGUCAUAACUUUGAGUUAUUAGAAACACAAUUACUUAAUGAUAAUGUUAAUUUCGAUUUAUAAAAAUUGAUUCAAGCAGUUUCCAUAUAAAUUAUGCCUGUAGCAUCCAUCUGCUACGUGUGAACAAUUCUUUUUGACCAUGUAAAGAGUAAAAUAGGGGAUUCUAACAAUAGCAUGUAACAAAAUUGGUUUUCAAGUCUAUAAUAUUUUUUUUAUGCAUAAAAAGACACCUUGCCAAUACAAUACAUUUAUGAUCAAAGCAUUCUUAGCACGUUUGAUUAAAACAAUAGAAAAAUUAAUGUAUGUUAACAUUUUUUAAUAAAUAUGAGUAUGAGUAAUAUCUUUGAUUAUAUUUUAUUAUUAAUUUGAUUUAGGUAUCUUAUAAGUUAGUUGUUUUUUGGGGAGGGAAAUA